AUGACUUGCUUCGGACACAACAACACACUCGAGGAGUUGCGACUUAGAGUAAACGCCGCACACCCUAACCUAGAAAAUGAUAUGGAGGAUUUAUUCGACAAAAAUGACAUCUCAGGUGAAGGUUUUAUCCCAUACGGUGUGGUGGAUGCACUUAUAAGACACUAUUUGAUGGAAAAGGACCUAUCUGACCACGUUGUCGAGUACCUGGAUCAUUUCGGACGGUUGGACUUGGACUAUGUGAGAGGAUUCCUGCACGAAAGCAACCUUCUAGUGGUGAACGAGGAUACGAUGUUAACAUGUGAAGAUAUGAAAUUAUUGGCUGUAGUAUGGAUGAAAUUGGUUAGCGAUUCGUAUAAGAGCAAGAAACUAAACCAGACGAACGAAGCUGAGUACUAUAAGAACAAAUUGAACUACCAGUCCAACACCCCCUACAACGAGCUCAGGCUGAGCAUAAACAGCAGUAUUGAGGGGAACGAGGAUAUGAACGCCCAGGAGCUCAUGGACUCCUACAUGAAGAGCGUGAGGGAGGAAGUUGAGAGGAACAGAGCUGGAGGCAUUUCAUGUUUCGCCUACCCAGCUGCCCUAACUCCAAACGGUUCAUGCGCUUCAGCAGGAGCAGUAAUUCCUUACAGGAGACUAAGACAAAGAAGAGAAAGAAGCACAGGACUUUGCGCUCUCCUAGGCUGCUGUUAA